AUGGACGCAAGGCAACAAGACUACCCGCAGUCAGGUUUGAGCUCACCAUACCCAACCUUUCCUGAACAUCCUUCUGAGGAGACCAUUGCAGAUCAAGCAUCUGCUGCGCAAUAUCCUCCUCAAGGACAAGACCCUAGAGCUUCAAACCUCACCCCUACCUCCGAUUACAGCAGUCUUCCACCCUCUGCUCGAUCUGGGUCUUUCCCGGAAUACAUUCAACGUUCAUACCAACCAGGCGCUCAAGGACAAGCACCCGGAGGUAUGGCGCAACAACAAAGUCCGUCAAUGCCUCUCUCAGAUGGUCAAACCAAUGACCAUCAUCAACCUCACCAACUCAAGUCUGACACCGAUGUACCUAUAGAUCCAUCGAUCGCCGCCCAGACGAGCCCAACCUACCCUCAUCAGCAGCAGUACUCGCCUUACACCCCUCACCACGACAUGCAGCAUUAUCCAGGCCACCCGCAGACGCCAAUGUACGCGUCGCGUCCUGAAUGGGCUGGACAAUACCCACAGCCUGGCAUGCACUAUGGUCACCCAGCUUCAUCGGGUCCUCCAGCACCGGCAAUGGUGUCGCCCGUUCAAAGGCCGCCAACAGGAGGGCAUCCUCUGUCCACUGUAUACUCCUUCGUGCCGAUUCCAGGCGCACAGCAACACAAGCGACCGCGCCGACGUUACGAGGAGAUUGAGCGCAUGUACAAGUGCGGAUGGAACGGCUGCGAAAAGGCCUACGGUACUCUGAACCACUUGAACGCGCACGUCACCAUGCAAUCGCACGGCGCGAAGCGAACGCCUGAAGAAUUCAAGGAAAUCCGCAAGGAAUGGAAGGCCAAGAAGAAGGAAGAGGAAGCUGCGCGCAAGGCCGACGACGAACGUCAUCGCGCCGAGAUGCAGCAGCACGCGCAGCAGCAACGCGUUGCUCACGACGGUGGCCCUCCUGAGGCGCCUGUGUAUGGACAGAUGCGACAGGCGGUAGGCGUGCCAGGUCAACAGCCCUCGCACCCACAGCUCCCUCCUAUCGGGUACCAGCCGGCCGCAUCUGGCACGUCGGCUGCUCCUCAGUAUGGCACACACAGCCCCGGCCUUCCUGAAAGCAUGGCACAUUAUCCUCAGUCGCCGUAUGGCCAAAACCCCCAGAUGUAUCAACAAGGCCAUUAG